UUAGUAUUUCUCUCUCUCUUCUUCUUCCACCUUUAACUUUUCACCACCUCUCCCCAAAAUAUUUUUUUCCAUUAUUCUAUUCCACCUUAGCCAAAAAGCAAACUACACUUAAAAUGACUGCACCAUAUUAGAAAGAGAAAGCCUCUAGUCAAGAUAGAGAUCAAACAUCUUGCAUAUAUCUGCUUAUGUUGUUAGGGUUGAGAAACCCUCUCCCUAAAGAAAGUAUCUAUUUUCCUUUUCUUUUAGGUUUUCUCUUAAUUACAAUUCAAAGAUUAAUAUAAACUCUCUUUGAUGAUACUUUCUUUCUUUCUCUUCUUGAUUUGUACAAGAUUGAGCCAAGCGAACUGAGAAAACAAAUAAGAACAAGAAAAUAUUAGAAACCUUUGAUAUAUUUUAGAGAAGAUCAUGUCUGCAGAAGAAGCAAUCUCAAGUAUCAGUAAUGGUUUUGCUAAUCCAAACCCAGUUAGUGGAUCUAAUCCUCCUCCUCCAAUAAAGAAGAAAAGAAAUCUUCCAGGAACACCAGAUCCUGAAGCAGAAGUUAUAGCUUUAUCACCAAAAACUCUAAUGGCUACAAACAGAUUCUUAUGUGAAAUAUGUGGAAAAGGGUUUCAAAGAGAUCAAAAUCUGCAGCUUCAUCGACGGGGUCAUAACCUGCCAUGGAAGCUAAAGCAAAGGACUACUAAAGAAGCAAGAAAGCGCGUAUACGUCUGCCCUGAAAAGUCUUGUGUCCAUCACCAUCCCUCUAGGGCUCUUGGAGAUUUAACUGGCAUUAAAAAGCACUUUUGCAGAAAGCACGGUGAGAAGAAGUGGAAGUGUGAGAAGUGUUCAAAGAGAUACGCUGUUCAGUCUGAUUGGAAAGCACACUCCAAAACCUGUGGUACUAGAGAGUAUAAAUGUGACUGUGGAACUCUUUUUUCGCGGAGGGAUAGUUUCAUCACUCAUAGGGCAUUUUGUGAUGCCUUAGCAGAAGAAACUGCAAGAGUAAAUGCAGCAACAAGCAUAAACAGCUUAGCAGCUUCAACAAAUUUCAACUAUCAUCUAAUGGGAGCACCAAUAGGGCCUAAUAACAUGGCACAACAUUUCUCUUCUAUUUUCAAGCCAAUCUCAAGUUCUAAUGACCAACAAACAAUUGAUCAAACAAGAAGAGGACUUCCCUUAUGGGUAAGCCAAGGACCUCAAGGCCAUGAAGCAAUAAUCAAUAAUAGUAUCCAAGAAAUUCACCGUCAACUUGGGUCUUUAACUUCAUCAGGAACAAUAUUUGGUCAAGACCCACUUGUUUCAUCCUCAGAUCAGUAUCAUCAGAUAAAUUGGCCAAAAAUUUUUGGAAACAAUAAGCAAAUUUCUUCAAAUAAUGUUCAUCAAGAAGAGCUGACAAGCACUACUUCACUUCCAUUAAACGAAGCUGCAGUUCAACUAGCAAGUGUUCCUUCUUUAUAUAGCGGCCAACAACAACAAACCCAUCAAACCACUACUACUGCAGCAGCAAAUAUGUCUGCAACAGCUUUACUGCAAAAAGCUGCUCAAAUUGGUGCAACUUCAACUGACCCAUCAUUUCUUGGAAGUUUUGGGUUAAAAUGCAGUAGUAACGGUCAAAUUCAAGAAGGGAACAAGUUUUGUGGAUUGUAUGGUGCUAAUAAUCUCGAUCUUGAUCUUGUUCUUGAUCAUCAAAUGCAAAUGUUUCCGGCAACAAAACGGCAAAAAGUAAUGCAGAAUGAACCAGAAAGCACUGUCGUCGGAGGAGGAGGAGGGCAAACAAGAGAUUUUCUUGGUGUUGGUGUACAACAAGCCAUAUGCCACCCAUCACCAAUGAAUGGAUGGAUUUGAUAUGAAAUGAGGAAUAUUUCUCAUGGGUAGCAUGUUUUUAUUUCUUUUACUUUUUUUUUUUUUUUUUUAAUUUUUAAUUUGACUCGAUUGGAAUUUCAACUUGCAACCUUUGUAACAGCACCGAGUCAAAAACUCAUUAUUUUUUUAAUAGAAAUUAGUUAAUUUUAGAA